CGGCAUUCCGUUGUAAGACUUGCUUAUCUCCCUUACUACAGACGACUUCCCAUAUUUUAUUUUCCGAAGAAAGAAAAAAGAGUUUAAUUUGCGAUUUUGAACAACUUCAACAGCAUGAUAUUGCUGUUUAAUGCCGUAUUCUAGAUAUUUUGUUCAGUCAUGUCAUUUGAAGAGUUAGAGCAGGAACCCUUUAAUGCUCAUGAAUUUGUGGAAAGAUUAGCAUGGAAAACAAUAGGGAAAAAGGCUCGGAGCAAUUAUGAGAACUUUGAUCCCUGGACUCUGCAUUCAGCAUUUGAACAAGCAAUCAAAGACCUAGACGAGAAAAAUAAACAGAUUGAGAAAAACAUUGAGAAGUUAGAGCAUUCCUGUAAAGAUGAAGAGAAGAAACACUGGCAACGAGUCGCAGACUUACAGAGGAAAAAUCAGACUUCCUACUCCCACUUCCAAGCUCUUGAUGAAAGAAUAAACUUGGUAGCAACCAAAGUUGUUCACUUAGGGGAUCAACUUGAGGGAGUGAACACCCCCAGAGCUCGAGCUGUAGAGGCUCAGAGACUUAUGAACUACUUAGACGAGUUCAUGUCUGAUGAACCUCCUAAGUCAGCUGUCUUUACAGAUCCAUUCCAACUGCAGUUGGCAGCAGACAUAAUUCAAAAGUUAUAUCAGAUAGCCCUAGAAUUGCCAGCCAAUGACAAAUUUGACAGAGCACGUAAAAAGAUCUGGGAUAAGUACAACUAUGUAGAAUCAGAGCUGAUAGUGGAAUUUAAAAAUGCCCAUUUUGAUGGAGACAAAAGAAAGAUGAAGAAAGUGGCUGCUGUGUUGUCCAACUUCAAGGGUUAUGGACAGUGUAUAGAGACCUUUAUCACAGAGUCCCAGAAAGGUGCCUACUUGAAGCCCGACCCCUUUGAUGAUGUCCUUCCACUCUGUGUGAGGUCCAGUGAGAUGAUUGGCGAGGUGUUCAGUAACCCGGACACCGUGAUGGUCAAGUUGGUACAGAAUAUAUACCACGGAAAACUUCAGACAUAUGUCUCUUCUAAACUGGAUCACCUGGAGGACCCCGAGGAAUACCUUGUACAACUCUAUCAGCUGUACACCAGAACGGUGAAGUUAUCGGAGGAGCUUUCUCACUUUAAGAUGGGAAACGACAGUCUUUUUCUCACCAAACUCACCAAACAGAUAUUCGCAAAACACCUGGAGGCCUACAUAGUGUCAGAAACAAGAUAUCUGAAAGAAAGAUGUUCGGCCCAUUUACAGAGAUAUUAUGAGGAUAAUAAUCAUACAAAGAAACAGAUUCAGUCCGGAGGGCUGGUAGAUUUCAAGAGAGAUCUUCAGGCAAAAAUUGGCACCCUCACCAAAGCAAAUGUGAACAUUGGCCCAGCUGUAGAGAAUUAUGGAGGCGAGACGUUCCUGUCGCAGGAAGUGACUAUAAGCUUAUUACAGGAGGCUAAGAAUGCUUUCAAGCGUUGCCAUAUGCUGUCCAGCAGUUCUGAUAUGUCUGGGAAUGCUGUACAGAUUUUAGAUGUCCUGAUUCAAUAUUUGGUUGUUGAACAUAUUGAUUAUGCAGUGGAGCUAGGAUUACAAGCGAUACCUCUGCCGGACCCCAGAACGGCCCCUCAGGUGUAUUUUUUUGAUGUGGUUGGCCAGGCAAAUACUCUGUUCCAUUUGUUUGAGAAACAGUUCAUGGAUUCACUUGUGCCGCUAGUCAUAUCAUCUCCAAGACACAGUGAAUGUUUGCAGAAGAAGAGAGAUUUGAGGGAGCAACAGGAAAACAAGAUAGAUACAGGACUGGACAGGACUCUCGCGGCCAUCACUGGUUACGUUAAAUUUCUGCUGGCAGCGGAACAGAAGAAAACAGACUUCAAACCUGAUGAUGAUAAUGCCAUGCUGGCCAUGGUGUCCCCAGCUUGUUCAAAAGUAGUAAAGUUUAUCUACGGAAUCCAUAAGAACAUUCGUGAGAGUUUGGACGGGAAGAAUAUUGACGUUGUGUUGACGGAGCUGGGUACAAGGCUUCAUCGGGUUCUGUUUGAGCACCUCCAGCAAUUCCAAUACAACUCUUUAGGUGCCAUGUUGGUGAUCUGUGAUGUGAACGAAUACAGGAAGUGCAUGAAGGAAUUUAAGAUCCCAAUGGUGUCGGACCUGUUUGAGAAACUCCAUGCUCUGUGUAACCUUCUGGUGGUAGUCCCUGAAAAUCUGAAGGAGGUGUGCAGCGGAGAAACACUGACUGGAUUGGACAAGUCUGUGCUACAAGCUUUCAUUCAGCUACGAGCGGACUACAGGACUGCCAAGAUAGCCACAAUGCUGAAGUAGCAACAGAAGAGGAGAGAGAAGUGGCUCGUUAUAAUUAAUGGAAAGAGUGAUGGCUCGUUAUAAUUAAUGGAGAACUUUUAACAUGGGAAUGGACAAGAAACAAAUCUGUGGUCAUUUUUCAAAUCAUGUGAAAAGUUGUAAGAAAACACUGUGAUAAAGCACUAGAAAUUAAAGGAUAAAAGGCAAAUAAUGCAUCUAGGUGAUUGAUCAUUGAGUGAUCAGAGCUUGCUAGCAUUUUCACUUCAUUGUUUCUGUUCUUUGUGAUGCUUGUAUCUUUGAAAUUAGCAAAAUGAAUCUGCAUCAAAUCUAUGGAAUCCUACAUUGUUCUAAAAUAUUGAGAAAAAUGUAGUAGUGCUUGAAUGCUUGUAAUGUUAAUGGAAAUGCAUGUUUUCCUCCAAGUGUGCUAGGAUCUGACAUUUUUGAAAAGUUCAUUAAAGCAUCAUAUUCUAUAUGAUUACACUUUUCAAUAUUUUGAUUUUAGUUCAUUGAAAAUGUAUUUUUUGUAAGUAGAUAUGAAUUUUGUUUUAUUUCUAUAUCAGAUCAUUGAGAGAGAGAGAGAGAGAGAGAGAGAGAGAGAUAUGUGCUACUUUAUGUGCAAUAUAACUUAACAUAUUACUGUAUUACUUAUCACAUACUGCAAACAAUGAAAGGUCUGAAAAUAAACUGUCAUAUCAGAGCUCAU